AUGGGCGCCGAAGAGAUCCCUAAGAAGAUGAAGGCCGUCCAGGUCGUCGAAUACAAAAAACCCUACGAGAUCCGCGAAGUCGACGUCCCCUCGGAUCUAGGUCCGCACGACCUCCUGGUGAAAGUCGCCGUCGCGUCAAACUGCCACACGGAUUCCAUGGUCCAACAAGGCGUCUUCGGUACACCACUCCCGCAGACAGGCUCGCAUGAAGGCUCCGGGACCGUCGUAGCGGUCGGUGGGGAAGGGGCGGAGAAGCUCGGCUUCAAGGUCGGCGAUAGAGUCAUGGUUGGGAUCCCACUUCAUCCUUGUGGCAGUUGUGGCGAUUGUAAGGGGCCGGAGGACCAGAGCCAGUAUUGUACGAAUGUCGAGGGGAUGGUGGGCGUGCAUAUCAAUGGAUGCUUUGCGGAUUAUGUCAAAGCCGACAGUCGGACGACUACCCCGUUGCCGAACGAGGUUAGUUUCCUGUCAGCGGCGCCUUUGGCUUGUGCUGGGAGGACGGUGUGGAGGGCUGUUUUGCAGGCGGAGCUGAAGAAGGGCCAGUGGCUUGCUAUUGUUGGGUCAGGUGGUGGGUUGGGACAUCUGGGUGUGCAGUUUGCGAAGGCGCAGGGGUUGAAUGUAAUUGGGAUUGAUGCGAGGGAUGAGGGCUUGGCGCUUAGUAAGAAGCACGGCGCCGACCACGUCGUGGAUGCGAGAAAGGGCAAGGAGGAGGCGGCGAAAGCGAUACAGGAUAUCACUGGUGGCGAGGGCGCGUACGCCACGGUCAAUCUCUCGGAUGCUCCGACGGCUGCGGCCCUCGCAUGCGCAGUGACAAGAAUGCACGGUACGGUCAUCCAGAUUGCUCAGCCGGAUGAGAUCAGCGUGCCUUUUCCUGAAAUCAUCUUCCGGGAUAUCAGAAUCAAGGGCAGCCUGAUCUGCUCGAAUGAGGAGAGCAAGUCGAUGAUGAAAGCCAUUGCUGAGCAUGGUGUAACUGCGAAGACGGUGCCGUUUAAGGGUCUCGAUAAGAUCUUCGACUUGGUGGAGGAGGUGCAUGGCGGUAAGAUCUCUGGUAAGGCGGUCAUCAUUGUGGAUGAGAAGCAGAUCGAGGACGAAAAGAAGUUGGGUGCGAAGUUCUAG